CUCCGCGGGCUUUGCGCCGCAGCUCGGGAAGCUCUUCUCGAAAGUCCUGUUCCUUUCGGUGUCUCGUUGUUUAAACUGCCCCUAGCAUAAGGGAUGCGUGUUUUCCCUUUCUGUAUUUGUGAUCUUCAAACCCGAGCCUGUUUCCUUCCCCUCACUCGGGUCUGGGGGGGGCUGCAGUUGUUCAGGUGGGUUUUGGGCUGCCCACUCUGCUGUAAGUCUGGAUCUUGGUGGGGAGUGUGGCAAGAGAGCUGUGCAGCUCCUGGGUUAAGGUGUGUUAAAGGCUCCCUCAGGGCCUCUGGGGGCUGUGGUGUGCAUGAACCCUGUGAAAUUGCGUUUAGGCCCGAGAGGAGCUGUUGUGCUGUGAGGCUGUGGCUGCCCACCCUGGGCACGGUCCUGCAGAGCCAUGGCAGCUCCAGGGGCGCGUGCCCUUGUGCCUUGGAAUUUCCUUACAGCAGUUUGGGGGGGACUGGGCGUGUCUCGGGGCUCACACGUGAGAGGAUCCUCAGCUUUGCUGCGUGUGAAACGAGCUGUUUGUUUCCUGUUGCAGUCAGAGGCUCCGAGGGGCUGUACAUGGUGAAUGGGCCCCCCAGCUUCACCGAGAGCGCGGCGUUCCAAAGGGAUUCUGGAAAAAAUUGCAAAGCUGUUGCAUUUAGCAAGGAUGGCUCCCUCUUUGCCUGGUGCAAUGGACAGAAGGUCAAUGUGGUUAAUGUCACCAGAGCUGAGUUACUGCAUUCCUUUGAUCUCCCAAAGACAGUUUGUCUUGAAUUCUCGCCAAAGAAUAAUGUUCUGGCAACGUGGCAGGCCUAUGCAACUGCUAAGGAUGGCACAGCAGGGGUGCCCAACCUGCAGCUCCAUGAUCUGAAAACUGGAAAAUGCUUGAAGUCUUUUGUGCAGAAGAAGAUGCAGAACUGGUGUCCUUGCUGGGCAGAUGAUGAAAGCAUUUGUGCCAGAAAUGUGAACAAUGAAGUGCACUUCUUUGAAAACAACAACUUCAAUACCAUUGCAAACAAGCUGCAUUUGCAGAAGGUCAGUGACUUCGUGUUGUCCCCAGGAGCGCAGCCAACCAAGGUUGCUGUUUAUGUCCCAGGCAGCAAAGGUGCUCCGUCCUUUGUCAGGCUCUACCAGUACCCCAAUUUUGGGGGCCCACAGUCAGCACUGGCCAACAAAAGCUUCUUUAAGGCUGACAAGGUGACAAUGCUGUGGAACAAAAAAGCCACGGCCGUGCUGGUGGUUGCCAGCACCGAGGUGGACAAGAGCGGGGCCUCGUACUACGGCGAGCAGACGCUGCACUACCUGGCAGCCAGCGGGGAGAGCGCCGUGGUGCAGCUGCCAAAAAAUGGCCCUAUUUACGACGUUGCCUGGAGCCCCAAUUCUGUCGAGUUCUGCGCCGUGUAUGGUUUCAUGCCUGCCAAAGCCACGGUUUUUAACCUGAAAUGCGACCCCGUGUUUGAUUUUGGCACCGGGCCUCGCAACGCUGCCUACUACAGCCCCCACGGACACAUCCUGGUGCUGGCAGGGUUUGGAAACCUCAGGGGACAGAUGGAAGUGUGGGACGUUAAGAGCUACAAGCUGAUUUCCAAGCCAGUGGCCUCGGACUCCACGUACUUCGCCUGGUGUCCCGACGGGGAGCACAUCGUGACGGCCACGUGCGCUCCCCGCCUGCGCGUCGGCAACGGCUUCAAGAUCUGGCACUACACGGGCUCCGUGCUGCACCGCCACGAGGUGCCGGCCGACGAGGAGAUGUGGCAGGUGUUCUGGCAGCCCUUCCUGGACGGGGUGUUCCCCGAGAGGGCCGUGAGGUACCAGGCCGUUCCCGGCGAGCUGCCCCGGGCCGAGCCCGGGCCGGCGCAGGCCUACCGCCCGCCCGCCCUGAGGAACAGGCCCGUGACGAGCUCCAAGCUGCAUGAGGAUGAGCCACCCCAGAACAUGAAACCCCAGCUGGGAGGCAGUGAUAAGCCAAUGUCCAAAAUAGCUCUCAAAAAUCAGAGGAAACAUGAAGCAAAGAAAGCUGCUAAACAGGAGGCCAAAGCUGAGGCACACCAAGUCCCUGCCCAGGUCAAAACCCCACAGAAUGCCCUGCAGAGCACCGUGCCAGCCAUGACCACGGGAGAUCCUGAGGUGGACAAGAAGAUCAAGAAUUUGAAGAAGAAACUAAAGGCAAUUGAGCAGCUGAAAGAACAGGCAGCUGCUGGCAAACAGCUGGAGAAGAAUCAGGUGGAGAAGAUUCAGAAAGAAGCUGCUCUCCUUAAGGAACUGGAAGACCUGGAACUGGGUGUUUAAAUCUUCCUCGAGCUCCAGUGUGGUGCUAACACAAAGUUCAUGCAAAAUGUAGUUUGUUAAACAUUUCAGCAAAUGACCAAGGGUUCGACAUCCACAGAUUUGCUGCUCAUUUGCCUUUAAAGAAGAGUUUUCCUAAAGAUUGGUGCACACGAAGCCGUAAAGCAAGCGAUGAGCAUCGGCCAAUUCCGCUGAUCCAAUGAGAAAUGCGCUCCUUUUCUGAGAACAUACUGCCUGAACCAGAUUGUUUUUCCUCAUUGGGGUGGGAGAGGGGAAGGCGACGAAGACCUUUGAUAGCUGUAUAACAUUUAAAAAGCUGCGAUCUUUAUGCACCGAGGGGCUGUCGAUAAAAAUAAAGAGCGUUUAAUAGCA